AUGCGUGCCGCGGGUGGGCAGGUGGUGCGUGCGCUGCGUGCGGCGGCGCGGGGCGCGUGGCGGGGUGCUGGAGUGCCGCGCGUAGCUGUGGGGUGCCGCCUGGAGCAUACCAGCCCGAACCGCGUGCAGAUCGCUGCAGAGUGGGCCGCCAAGCCCCGCUCGCACGCGUGCGGCGAGCUGCACGACGCGCAUAUUGGCGAGCGCGUCGUGCUGGGCGGCUGGAUGAUGAUGCCACGAAAAAUAUCCAAGCAGCUCGCGUUUGUCCCGCUGCGUGACCGCUCGGGGACCGUGCAGCUGAAACUCGACGGAGCGAACGAAGCGCUGCUUGCAUCGCUCUGCGACGUGCCGGUCGAGAGCGUGGUAUGUGUCUAUGGCACGGUGCGCGAGCGCGCCGAAAAAGAUAAGAAAUCGGACGUGCGCACCGGCACAAUCGAAGUCGUGGUCGACGAUUUCCAGCUCCUGAAUGCAGCCGCGCCGCUUCCUUUUUACCCGACGCAGUGCGUCCCCGGCAAGCCUCUUCCAAAAGAAACGCUCCGCGCGCGGUACCGCUACCUCGACCUGCGCCGCGCCGAACUCGGCGAAAAUAUCCGCAAACGCAGCCAUGUCGCGCACGCCGCGCGCUGCUUCCUGCACGACGCCGAAUUCUGCGAGAUCGAGACGCCGGUGCUCCUGCGCUCGACGCCGGAAGGCGCGCGCGAGUUCCUCGUGCCGACACGCGGCGCAUCGGACGCGCCGUCGUUCUAUGCUUUGCAGCAGUCGCCGCAGCAGCCCAAGCAGCUGCUCAUGGCCUCAGGCGUGACCGACCGCUACUUUCAGUUCUCCAAGUGCUUCCGCGACGAGGACGGGCGAAAAGACCGCCAGCCAGAGUUUACGCAGCUCGAUAUGGAGAUGAGCUUUGUGAGCGGCGCCGAGGCGAGCCAAGGCGUCUGGCGCAUCGGCGGCAGGGAAAUUCGCGACGUCGUCCAGGGCAUGGUGCGUGCAAUGUGGACGGCCGCCGGCCGUGACGGUGCGCUGCUUCCGCACGGCGACUUCCCUGUCUAUUCCUAUGCCGAUGUCAUGCAGCGCUACGGCUCGGACAAGCCGGAUCUGCGCUUCGGCCUGACGAUCGCCGAUCUGGCACCGAGCGUCGACGCGGCGUCCGACGCGGCGCUCGACGUGCUGAUCGUGCCGCACUCGGCGUCGAAAGAGGCGCCGAUAUCCCUGUCGAACCGCCAGAUCGACCAGCUCCUCCAGAACAAGGACGGGCAGCGGUCGCAGAUCGAGCACUUUAAAGCCAAGGCCGACGAUCCCGACGGCCUUGCGCAGCUCCUCGCCAAAAAGUCGCGCCAUCUUGCGGCCGUGCAGCCGGACGGCGCUGCACACGUCGACGCGCUCGCCGAUGCACUUGCGGCCGAGCUCGCGCAGGCCACCGUCUUUGCCGACGGCGCCCCGAUGGAGAAAGCAGGGCGGUGCGACGUGUUUGUCGCCCGCCGUACGCUCCCUGCGCACGGCGGCAGCACCGAGAUGGGCGAUCUGCGCCUGCGCCUCGCCGAUCACCUCUCUGCGAUCGUCGGCGCCGCGCCCAAGAUUCUGUGGGUCACCGAGUUUCCCCUCUUUACGCGCUCCGACGAAGAGAAGCAAGAGGCCGCACAUGGGCGCUGGAGCAGCUCGCACCACCCCUUUACGGCGCCGGCCGCGGAAGACGUGCCCCGUCUGCUCGAUGCGCUUCACGCCCCCACGCCCGAUCCCGCGGUGAUUGCCGCGAUCCGUGGCCAGCACUACGAUCUCGUGCUGAACGGGUGCGAGAUUGGCGGAGGCAGCGUGCGUAUCCACGAUCCCCACCUGCAAGAGUCGGUCCUGCGGCGCGUCCUCGAGCUGACCGAGGAGGAGACGCAGCGCUUUGCGCACCUCUUGCAUGCGCUGCGCAGCGGUGCGCCGCCACACGCCGGCAUCGCGCUUGGGUUCGACCGCCUGAUGGCGCUGCUCUGCGACACGCCCUAUAUCCGCGACGUGAUUGCCUUUCCGAAAAACGCCGGCGGCUACGACGCGAUGCUCGCGUGCCCCGCACCGCUCGAAGAGGCCGGGCGUGCAGCGACGAACGAAGCGCUGCGCCCCUACCGUCUGCAGUCCAUGUAA